CAAGAGCCAGGGAGAGAGAGAGAGAGAGAUCAGAGAGAAAUGGAAAAAGUGAAGGUGAUAGGAGGAUGGUUCAGUCCAUUUGUGAAGAGAGUGGAAAUGGCCCUCAAAAUGAAAGGCGUUGAAUAUGAAUACAUUGAAGUAGAUGUGGUAAACAAAUCGCCUCUUCUUCUACAACACAAUCCAAUUCACAAAAAAGUGCCUGUGCUUCUACACGACGGCAAAUCCAUCGUUGAAUCCGCUGUGAUUCUUGAAUAUAUCGAUGAAAUUUGGGAAGGUCCAAACAUUCUGCCCAAAGAUCCUUAUGAAAGAGCUAUGGCUCGUUUCUGGGCUAACUUCAUCGAUGAAAAGUGUGCUCCUGCAACGAGGAAAGCUCUAUGGAGCAGAGGAGAGGAGCGAGAAAAGGCCGUAGAGGAAGCAACUCAAGGCUUAAAGAUUCUGGAAAGUGAAGUAAAGGGAAAGAAAUUCUUCGGAGGCGACCAAAUUGGGUAUGUAGAUAUGGUUGGUUGUUUCCUAGCCUAUUGGUUUCCAAUUGUUGAUCAAGUGGUGGGGCUGCAUCUCUUCACACAAGACAAAUUUCCUAGUUUGUGCAAAUGGGCAGAUGAAUUAUGUGACAACGAAUUUAUUAAGGAAUGUCUCCCCGAUAAGGAAAGAUUGGUUGAUAGAGUUCGUGGCUACUCUCAGGCUCCUAGAUCCCUAUAGACAGACUUCUAAUAAUGCUAUACACCUUUGUAUGGAUUUUUACAAACUAAAUUAGAUGAUGAUUUGGGUUGUUUUCAAUUUGAACCAAAUGUUGUGUGGAAAUAUAUUUAUCGGGCUAUUGGGUUUCCUAUUACAAUUAAUGUAGACAUGGUCACAACUAUAUGCAUGUUUUUGGAUUUUUCUUUUCUGUCGAACAGAGUGAAUUAUGUACUUCAUCCGUC